CUACAUUUCCCAUGUAUCUGGGAAAUCUGUCAAACACGAAAGGUCACACAUGCGAUGCAGUGAGAGUUGUGCAAAUACGAUCGUAUUUCUCCAAAUUAUUCGUUUUAGAUCAGUCAACCUUCAACUACUCUUCGUCCGUCGUUUCUUAUAGCAACAGUAGUGUGUCCUGCAUUUUGAAAAGCGAUACUAUCCGGCAUUCAUAAUUCCUGUUAGCUAACGUUGUUAGUUCAGCUAGCCAAGUCAUCUGUAGGUUUGAACCCCACUUCAAUUGGAGAAACCUGUUUGUUAAAACAUCUCUGUCACUGACACGAUGCUGAGGAAUCUUGUGAGAUUUCACAAUUGUCUGGGGCAUGCUUUCUCUCCCCCCACUGUCUGCCCAAGAGGUCAAAUGUUUAAGCUGCUCUCUGUGAAAUCCUACUCCAUUAUCACAGAAAGAAAGAAAUUCUAUGAGGAUGUUAGCAUAUCCCAUGGAGAGGGUGGCAUGUUUGAGAUCAACCUGGACCGGCGGAAACUGAAAACACCAGGAGGAAAGCUGUUCACAGCCCCGAACGAAGCCUUAGCCAUUGCCGUGGCGAAUGAAUGGGAUACUCAGAAAGACAUUCUCAAGUUCUACAGCAUGCAUAUGACCACUCUCUGCAACACGGCCCUAGAUAACCCUACGUUCCGCAGCAAGGACCAAAUGAUCACUGCUGCCCUCAAGUAUCUGGAGACUGACACUAUCUGUUACAGAGUUGAGGAGCCUCCAUCACUAGUUGAGCUUCAGAAUAAUGAAUGGGACCCUGUGUUGAACUGGAUUGAAGACCGGUACAACGUAGUCAUUGGCUCCUCCACCAGUAUACUGGGGCCAGAGAUCCCACAGGCGACGAUGGAUACUUUCCGCCAGCACCUGGGUUCCUAUAACUUCUGGUCCCUGACAGGUCUGGAGUAUGUGAUCACCCAGCUGAAGUCAGUGGUGCUUGCCUUUGCUUUAAUAGACAAACACAUAACAGUGGAGCAGGCCGUGCUGCUGUCACGACUAGAGGAGGAGUUCCAGAUCGGGCAUUGGGGAAAUGUAGAGUGGGCUCAUGAUGUUGACCUGUAUGAGCUGAGGUCACGUACAGCCGCAGGGGCACUGUUUGUACAUUUCUCUUCUGAAAGUUCAACGGUCAAACGCAAACUCAUGCAAGACUAAGGAGGACAUUCAGGGCUUCCCUGAGUCAACACAAACUCAGACAGGACUCUUAAGAGCAAAGGCAACAGAGGCAGUGUACUGGCCUCUGACUGGGAAGAAAUCCCAAACUUGUGUUUAUCUCUGGUUGUUGACCUUUGCGGAAUUAAAACACAUAAUAUUCUAUGUCAAUCAAUCAAAUGUAUUUAUGAAGCCCUUUUACAUCAGCAGUGUCACAAAAUGCUUAUACAGAAACCCAGCCUAAAACCCCAAAGAGCCUGGAAACCUGAUGUUCAAUUGCAUUGAAUUCUACAUCGGGCAAAAAUUUGCGUAUGAAUCAGGAAAGUUACUUCUCAUGACCUCUACAAGCCAGAAUAUUGAAUAAUAUAAUAUUUUAAUGUACUUUAGCGGUUGUCCGUGCGGUAGGAAUGAGGAAAGUAUAAUUACAUCAACUUUUCAAAGCACUUGUAGUGCAUUCAGAUUUCUAUCACCUGACGCAUGUUCACAAGAUAAAAAUACAUGCACGAGACGCAGCAAAAUUAAGGCAGUUAUUUCACAACACAUUAAGUGUGCCACUACUCUUCUACCAUACAGGCUACCUACCUAGGAUACCUGUGAUGGCAGGUAGCCUAGUGGUUAGAGCGUUGGACUAGUAAACAGAAGGUUGCAACAUCAAAUCCCUGAGCUGACAAGGUAAAAAUCUGUUGUGCUAGUUAACCCACUGUUCCUAGGCUGUCAUUGAAAAUAAGACUUAAUGUCUACAACACAAAAAAAUCAAGUUUGUAUGUGUAUUUCCUCGCUGUUCCAUAAGAUUAAUUUCAAGUGGUUAUUUAAAUCUGAUUUUACUGCUUGCAUGAGUUAAUUGAUGUGGAACAUAGUUCCGUGGCUCCAUGUAGUACUGUGCACCUCCCAUAGUCUGUUCUGGACUUGGGGAUUGUGAAGAGACCUCUGGUGGAAUGUCUUGUGGAGUAUGCAUGGGUGUCCGAGCUGUGUGCUAGUAGUUUUAAACAGACAGCUCGGUGCAUUCAACAUGUCAAUACUUCUCACAAAUACAAGUAGGGAUGAAGCCAAUCUCUCCUCUACUUUGAGAUUGACAUGCAUAUUAUUAAUGUUAGCUCUGUGUAUAUUUAAGGGCCAGCUGUUCUGCCCUAUUAUGGGCCAAUUGUAGUUUUCCCAAGUCCCUCUGUGGCAUCUGACCACAUGACUGGACAGUAGUCCAGGUGUGACAAAACUAGGGCCUGUCGGACCUGCCUUUUUGAUAAUGUUAAGAAGGCAGAGUAGUGCUUUAUUAUGGACAGACAUCUCCCCAUCUUAGCUACUAUUGUGUCAAUAAGUUUGUACAAUGAGAGUUUAAAAUCCAGGGUUACUCCAAGCAGUUUAGUCUCCUCGACUUGCUCAAUUUACACAUUAUUCAUUGCACACGAAUAAUGAGUACAUGGCCUUUAAGGCCAGAUUGUUCUUCAAGAUGUUCAAACGUUCAUAGAUGUCCAGCAGGGUCAAAUAAUCAGUGAUUAUAGAGGGUGCAACAGGUCAGCACCUCAGGAGUAAAUGUCAGUUGGCUUUUAUAGAAAGAGAAAGAUGUGUAAUUUAAUUUCAGUAAAGAGGAACAGGCUUCUCUGACACUCAUUCCCUAUAAAGUACAACUUGGCAGCAGCCAAGUAUGAUGAUGGCCAUCUCUUCUACAGUUUGUGUUUUGAAUCAGUUUCUCAGUCAUCAGUGACUUUUGGGAACAUUGCAUGUUUCUAUGGAAACGGUGAGUGUUGUUCCUUCAGGGGAGGAAUGUUAAUUCCUUGUUCCCCCUGUCUCAGCCCAGAUGUCUCUCUCACUCCCACUGUAUUAUGCUUAGUAGCUUGUAGCAAAGCUGACUUAGUUUUUCUGUUGCUUCAGUAAAAAUGUAAUUUAUCAAUGGGUCAAACUGACUAAAACAUGUUUAUUGUUACAUACACAGCUGUUACACACAUCACCAGCUUUUUUGUCAAACCACUUUGAAUCAAACCCUAAAUGCAUUAGAAUAAAGAUGUUCAGAAACA